GUGACACACAAGCCAGGCAUUGACAACAGCACUCAAGGUGCCCCACUAUUCACCUGCAGUCACGAAAACUUCAAAUCUAGAAUGGAAGGUUGAUCAGGAGGCGACUGGCCCUUGGGUGAACGAGGAGCUGGGCCGCUCCGCGUGCGAGGAAGUGCACGAACUAUGGCGGAGCAGGGGGGAGAAGACGCCACGACGACAGUCGCCAUCAUCGGGAGCGGGCUAAUUGGCCGGAGCUGGGCCAUGCUGUUUGCUGCCGCGGGCUUCCCCGUGCGCCUCUACGACUCGCUGCCCGGCGUCGUGGAGAAGGCCCUGCAGGCGAUCCGGGAGAACCUGAAUUCCCUCGCGGCAUCCGGCUCCCUGCGUGGAGCCCUGCCCGUGGACUCUCAGCUGUCUCUCAUCCAAGCCGUCACCGAUCUGUCAGAGGCGGUUAGCGGUGUGGAUUACGUGCAGGAGUGCAUCCCCGAGGACGUGAGCAUGAAGGAGGAGCUGUACCGGCAGCUGGACCCGCUGCUGGGGCCCGGCACGGUGCUCGCGAGCUCCACCUCCUGCCUGCUGCCCUCGGCCCUCUUCGCCGAGCGACGAUACCCGGCCAACUGCCUCGUUUGCCACCCCGUGAACCCGCCGUACUUCGUGCGGCUCGUGGAGCUGGUGCCGCACGCCGGCACGAGUGGCGGGACGCUGUCGCGGGCGCACGCGCUCAUGACGCGGCUGGGACAAGCGCCCGUCACGCUGCGCCGCGAGAUCCCGGGCUUCGCUCUCAACCGCGUGCAGUACGCCAUCAUCGCCGAGGCGUGGCGCCUCGUCCGCGAUGGGGUGAUGUCCCCGGAGGAUGUGGACCUCGUCAUGACCGAAGGCCUCGGCCCUCGCUACGCCUUCGUGGGCCCCCUGGAGACCAUGCACCUCAACGCUGAAGGCUUCAAGAGCUACUGCGAGCGCUACCAAGGCGGGAUGACGAGCAUCAUGUCUGCGUUUGGGCCUCUGCCGAACUUCGCUGGGGAAGCUCUGGACACCAUCGACCAGGCCAUGUCCGCUCGCACCCCAGCCAAUCAGGAGGCGCUGAGCGCCCGGCGAAAGUGGAGGGAUGAGCGCCUGACGGAGCUGGCCAAGAUGAAGAGUGCACAGCACGCUGAGAAAUCGUGAACGUCACAACACGCGUCGAUGUGGUUGUCUUGUGGCCCAGGGCACGGAGUUCCUGGGUUCAAAUCCAGGUUUCGGCCAUCUGCCAUUAAACUAAAUUACCAUGUGUAGCGAGUUGAUGAUUUCAGCCUGGUCCAAAGUGUCUGUACAACAAAACCAUCGCUUUAAAGUUGGUUUUCCAGCUAAAUUGGCCACGUUUCAUCUCCGAAAUGAGCUUUUUUGAUCUACUGACAUUAAAAGGUAUGUGUCGAAGGUGGGCGACGAUAUCAAUUGAAAUUACUUCAGAAGUAGUUCUGUGAUGUCAUCUUCAGUGGAUAUCUAACCCAGGUUGAUGCAUUUUUAGCUGCAAUAAUUUCUGGAUAGAACCGUCUUCGUCUAAUGUCAGGAUGCCGGUAUUACAAUGAGAGUAUAAUUGGCAGAAUAUUUUUUAAAAUAUAUAAAUGUAUAUUGAAAAUAAACAUGUAACAUCAGUUGGCUGGGUGAUUCAGGGUACCGAGGCUGUGUCAGAGCAUUACGCUCAAACUUCCUCGUGACCACUCUAGGUAAAUGGGUCCUGGCGUUUCGGCAGUUCGUGUUUACCAACCACAAAACAACCCCUAAGAGAUGGAAGAUCGAAACCGUGAGAGUCGUGUAAGAGCCAGAGGUACAAGUGACUUUGUCUCCAUCGCAGCCCAAACUUACAAGAUAGUUUCUUCCAUUCAAGUGCUCAUGACGCUCACUCCUGGUGCAGCCUGUCUCAGAACUGAUGACGUUGAGGGGGAAUUUGGUUGAGGGAAAUGUCAAAUUUACUUUUCUCAGGAUAUUUAUAUCAAUCGCCCACAGCUUAACGCUUAAUUGGUGAACCGUGUUUGCGUGCUUUUGUUUCGUAAUGGCGUGUGAUGGGGAGUGGACUUGGCGCUAAUUUCUCAUUGGCGUCGUACACUGCGAUUGCACAGAGCCGGCAGAGACAAGUCUGGGCGUGCGCGUUUGGGCGUUCAAAUGCAGUGAUCAGCCGUGAUGCAUUUUAAUGGCAAAUAACGUGAACCAUCAGGUAUGAUGCCUCAUCGAGCCUCUGAGCCCCGUCCCAUGGCCUGAGAGAGCUGUUGUGUGUUGUUGUGUGCUGUUGUGGACAUGUCGUGCCUGUGUGUGGGAAGCGAUUUGCAAGUGAUCAGGAGCACAGCGGCACGGUUGCAGCAACCUGAUUUACAAGACGGUGCUCUGUUGGCUGCGGGGUUGGGGCGAUACUCGGCUGACUCGUACCAUGUAAGGUCCACGGGAAUGGCAGCGUCAGCGUGAUUCAUUUUGCCCGUUUAUUGUUUUGGAAAUAUUUUAUUUUCUAACAUUAAAAAAUAACAAACGCAAUCAUAACUUAAAAAACAUAAAUAACUGUUAUUACCCAUUACAUCAGUCCUUUAUAAAAAAAAAAUUUAAUUGUCUGGUGGUGAUAUGACAUCAUUUUCUCAACCCUGAAUUAUUGUGUAAAUGUGCAUUAUAAGCCGAACAGAUUCGUACGCUUGCACUGACCAUGAGACUCGUGGGCAGGCUUGUGUUGCGCUGGCUGAAGGACUGAAGCAGCAGUGUUUGUAUUAGAAAUACAGCAAAGCACAACAACAAUACUGAUAAAAACGUGAAAUGCAAUGCAAUUAGGAAAGUGGUAUCGCGAUGAUCAUCAUCGUGAACAUAACAUUACAUUGUGAAUUUAUAAAUAUAUAUCCUGUAUAUCAUGCUAACCCGAGUUGGCAGUGGUGCACAAGUAACAACCACCAAUGUCGAACAUCGUUACACGUGGGAUGUUCCUCCCCAAGGUCAGCUCUGCCCUAAAUGUCAUUGGUAGAAUCCAGCAGACACACCAGUUAACGCUACUACUUAUUACCGGACUUUAAUUGUAUGUGUUUGCAUUCGAAAAAAGGUGAAUUGUAAUUGAAAUGUAAUCUUUACUUUUAAUACGAGUGAUAUAGACAUGAAAAUAAUCCAACAAAAGCGAAUGCUGUUUUACAAUGGAGUCACGCAGAGAAGAAAUGUCAUCAUCACAUUUUUCAAAGUGAAAACCUGUGUCCCCAUAGAAGAACCGCUAUGCAUGUGAAAUGAUAAACCGUUUAUAUUUCUCUCCUAA